AUGGGCCCGUCCAACGACGGUCAUGGCAGCCCGUACAGCCUACAGUAUGCCUCGGGAGACCCCCGGGCCUCAUCGACACAGUCGCUCAUGUCGUCGAUGGGCAGCGUGGAAGACGGCCGCAAACGGAGACUCCUUGUUGUUUACAUCCACGGCUACAUGGGCGACCGCUCCUCGUUCCGCUCAUUCCCAGCCCAUGUGCAUAGCUUUCUGAAGGAUCUGCUUGCAGAAUCUCACGCUAUUCACACCAAGAUCUACCCGCGUUACAAGACAUACAAAUCGAUUGAAGUCGCUCGUGACAACUUCAGCAACUGGUUGACGCCCCACGAAUCCCCCACCACCGAUGUGGUCUUGAUAGGGCACUCUAUGGGUGGUCUGCUGGCCGCAGAGGUGGUUUUAUCGCCAAACCGAGACCCGUACCAUGCGUCAUCUCCCUUCCGUCACCGCAUCCUAGGCACUAUUUCCCUUGAUGCACCACUGCUGGGCCUGCAUCCUGGCAUCGUGGUCUCUGGAAUCGCGAGUCUCUUUCGGCCGACUCCCGGUCCAGCACUGACGGACGAGGGUACACAGGACGAGUAUGCCACGCCGAGUCCACCCCAGAAUCUCUCGCCCGGUCCGUCUAUCUAUUCGGACGUCUCCCCGCUGCCGGGCGUUCUCUCGCCUACCCUCAGUCCCACUCCCUCUAGUUCAGCGGUGAGCUCCUCAGCACUCAACUCGCCUGACCCAUAUUUCGACCCAGCGUUCUUCAACGACGUUGCCUUUGUAGACCGCGGCUGGCUCAAGAACAUUUUCCAUUUUGCAAGCAAACACAAGCAAGAGAACCUAUUUCGUGCGGCAGCGAAUCAUAUCCUGUCCCACCUCGAAUUCAAUGCAUGCCUAGCCGACUAUGCUGGGCUGAGAUCUAGGUACAAUCACCUCCGGGCGUUGGAGGAUGUUGACGAUUGGCGGUCGUCCGAAUCAGGGCAAAGACUCGCACGCGUCCGGUUUGUCAACUACUACACUGUCUCCACGGGAAUCCCGAAGAGGCCCCGGCCGGCAUCGCCAUGUCGGUCUUCUAGAGGCCCGGACGUGCCUGGGGGAAAUGAUAAGCCACCAUCUAGGUCAUCGCUGGACAUCGACCCAGCUUUUUCAACCCCCAGGAUAUCCGUCGAGAUGUACAGCGAUGGGUCGCGGCGGGGGAGCCUUCAAGUUCUCGAACCUAUGCCAGAGCCCGAACCCCUUGAGCCGUCUAACGAUACAAAAUCCCCAAGUGAGACCCCGGACUUGGACCCGACCAGCGGCGCAGAUAAAGACCCUCCCAGUAUCACAACGAACCAAAACCCCGAUCUACCUUCAAUCCCCGACGUGCCCAAUCCUCCCAGUCCCCCUGAUCUAGACGCGAUCCCAGACAAAGAGUCGCGGGAGCAAGCCAAAAAGGCCUUCAAGCUCUCCCAGAAGGCCUACUCUCAAGCCGUCAAAGCCCGCAACAGAGCCAUCAAGGACCACCAAAAGGCGCUCGAGAAGCAGCAGCGCAAGGACGCGAAGGAACUCAAGAAGAAACAGCCCGCUCAAACGCUACACAAGUCCCCAACUACUCCUAACUGCAACGCCGACCCCGAGGGUGACAAGAAACAAAUAUCCCAAGAGCAAAAAGGAAAAGAAAAGAAGAGUAAACGGCGUAAGUUCUGCAUGCUCCCUUCCAAGUCACCAAACACCGGUGAGCGCGAUGCGGCCUGGGUGGAAGUUUUCAUGGAGGGCGUGGACGAAGUGGGCGCCCACUGCGGCUUGUUCCUGCCCGGACCACACUACGAGCGGCUGGUGGGGGAUGUCGGGGAGAGGGUUGCCGGGUGGGUGUGGGAGGAUGCUUCAAGACGGGUUGCUCUGGGCUUGGAGGGGAUGGAAAUAGGGAUUACGGAGCGAGAGGGGACUUAA